AUGGAUGACGACACAAUACGCCCCGAACCUGCAAAUUCGUUGCUGAAUCUGACCGGGGCGAGCUCCUCGGGAGUAACCCCUCUUGAACAAGAGGUUCUUGACGAGUAUGAACGACUUCUCAGAAACAUGAACCAGUUAUCAAGCACAUUGUCAACACUAUCGAGUGGCCCAGUCACUCUGGAGAUUGCUGAAGGUUUGCGAUUACUGGAACGGAAAGUUGCCUCAGUCUACACCCUGAUGAAGGCCAGCGUCUACAGCAUCGUUCUGCAGCAGGGCCAGAUAGAUGGUGAAGGCGAGAGCGAGAAUGGUACCGACACGGGCAGCAGAGGUGAUGAGGUCUAA